GACGACGACGACUCGUUCUGGGUGUGAUUGGUUCGGUCUGUCCGCUGGAUCCGCGUGUGUCCGCGCUCGACUCGUUCUGUCUGUCGUGAUGGCGGCCGUGACCUGUCGCGGGAUACUGAAGGAGAUCCGGAUCGCCAAGGGUUCCGAUUACAGAAACACUCUCGUUUAUAAAUAUGUGCUGGAGCAGUUCAAGAGAAACCAGGUGACCGGCGCUCAGUUCUGUCGCGCGCGGAUGGAGGCUCUCCACGCGGCGCGCACGUAUCUCUGUCUGCUGACGUCCACGCGCCUGCACCUGCGUCUGCACGAGCGCUAUCACGGGCGCGGCGAGCGCGCACCCGAGGAGGUGGCGGGACUCGUGGGGCUCCGACUCCCGACUCAACCGGGCGGCAAAGGCUGGGAGACGUGAAGACCACACGAGUGUGUGUGUGUGUGUGUGUGUGUGUGUGUGAGAGAGCGCGUUCGUCUUUGAGUUCUGACUGUUGUUAUUUCUUCAAAUAAACUGCUUCUCUUUAAGUCAUGAA